CACAAUCCGCGCUCCGUAUUCUUUCGGCAACGCUGUCGGCGCCAAUACGUACAUAACGUUCUCGAUCCACUCGGCACUCAUCGUUGUAACGCGGACUCAGUCAGUCGUUAUUUCAACCGUCACUCACUUGCAUACGAAAUCCCGCUCGUACGCCGGUUACAAACAAUCGACGAUUUAGCGUUUCGUAUCAUUUUUUUUUCUGACAACGAUAUAUCAACGAGGGUUUUCACUCGUACAAAUUUUCGAAAUUUUAAAAAUCAUCUACGACCAACGAUAAUAAUAUGGCUGAGGAAAAUGCACCAGUAGCGGCAGCAGCAGCGGCCGUAAACGACCAGGCACAGGAGAAACCGGCCACCGAGACCGCUGUUGAACAGCCAAAAGCUGAGGGCAACGGCAAAGCUGCGGCAGCCGCCGUCGAGGAACCACCGAAGGCCGAGAUGAGAGCCGUCGUGCUCACCGGAUUCGGCGGCCUCAAGUCCGUCAAGAUCCUGAAGAAACCCGAACCGACCAUGGGCGAGGGUGAAGUCGUGAUCAGGGUAAAGGCGUGUGGUUUGAAUUUCCAAGAUUUAAUGGCCCGACAAGGCGUGAUCGAGUCUCUGCCUAAAGCUCCGUUCAUAUUGGGUUUCGAAUGUUCCGGCAUCAUCGAGCAAGUCGGAGAAGGUGUUGAGAAGUUCAAGGUCGGCGAUCGCGUUGUGGCGCUGCCCGAGUGGCGCGCGUGGUCCGAGCUCGUAUCCGUACCGGCCAAGAACGUGUUUGCCAUACCGGAUAACCUGAACUACGUGGACGCCGCGGCCUUGGCCACCAACUACAUCGUUGCUUACGUGUUGCUGUUCGAGCUGGGCGCCGUCAAGCCCGGCAGCAGCCUGAUACUGCACUCGGCUGGUGGCGGAGUGGGUCAAGCAGUUGCCCAACUCUGCAAAACAGUAGAUGUCACAGUAUUUGGUGUAGCAUCAAAAACUAAACAUGAAGCUUUAAAAGGAACCAUUGAUCAUCUUUUGGAACGUGGAAGUGAUUAUGCUGCUGAAGUUAGAAAGGUUUCUCCAGAAGGAGUGGAUCUCUUUUUGGAUUGUGUUUGUGGCGAAGAAUGUAGCCGUGGAUACUCUCUUUUAAAACCUAUGGGAAAAUAUAUUUUGUUUGGUUCAUCCAACAUUGUUACAGGAGAAACAAAAAGUUUCUUUAGUGCUGCUAAAUCUUGGUGGCAAGUGGAUAAAAUUUCUCCAUUGAAAUUGUUUGAUGACAGUAAAACUCUUAUGGGAUUCAAUUUAAGACGAUUAUUGUUCCACCAAAACCAAUCUGAAUAUGUAGGAAACAUAUUUGACAAAGUUAUUGGAUUAUGGAAGGAUGGAAAAGUUAAACCAGUUAUUGAUUCCACUUGGGCUUUUGAAGAUGUUGGUGAGGCUAUGCAAAAAAUGCAUGAUAGAAAAAAUAUUGGAAAAAUUGUCUUGGAUCCAAGCUUGGAACCAAAACCAAAGCCAGCUACACCGGUUAAAGGAAAAUCAAAGAAUGCUGAUAAAGAAAAGGAAAAGAAAGAAGAAGAUUCUUCUGCUAAUGGCACUACAACUCCUGAAGUUUCAAGUCCUACAACUAAAGAGAAGGAGAAAGAAAAGGAAUCAAGUUGAAUGCACAAGUGAAAACAUUAUUCUCAAAGAUUACUACCUACUUAUUUAAUAAUAAUAAUAAUAAAAAAAUAAACUUCUCGUUAGUGCUUUUUCCAGUCUUAUAUUAUACUAUAUUAUGAAAUAUCAAUUUUAGCCUUUUUAGCAAUAUUUUAAAUAUUUGUUUC